CUUUGACAUUGAAACUUGCCCGCCCGUGUCUGCCGUCGCCGCCCGUCGCCAACUCGACUUGCAACUCUCAAUCAUUACCUUCCUUCUUCUCCCCCCGACGACACCCGUCACGAUGCUGUCCGGGAUCCUCAUCUUCAACCAAAAGGGCGAGAACCUCAUCUUCCGAGCCUUCCGCAAUGACUGCCGCCCACGACUGGCGGACGUGUUCCGCAUCCAGGUCAUCAGCAACGCCCAGGUCCGAUCCCCUAUCUUGACCCUCGGCAGCACCACCUUCAGCCAUGUCAAGCACGAGAACAUCUACCUGGUCGCCAUCACCCGUAGUAACGCCAAUGCCGCCCUGGUCUUCGAGUUCCUCUACCGCUUGAUCCAGCUGGGUCGCGGCUACUUUGGCAAGUUUGACGAGGAGGCCGUCAAGAACAACUUUGUCCUGGUCUACGAGCUCCUGGAUGAAAUCAUCGACUUUGGUUAUCCCCAAAACACCGAGACCGACACUCUCAAGAUGUACAUCACAACCGAAGGCGUCAAGUCGGAGCGCGCCGUCGAGGACUCCGCCAAGAUCACCAUGCAAGCUACUGGCGCUUUAUCCUGGCGCAAGGCCGAUGUCAAGUACCGCAAGAACGAAGCCUUUGUCGACGUAAUCGAAGAUGUCAACCUGCUCAUGAGCGCAACCGGCUCCGUCCUGCGCGCCGACGUCAACGGCCAGAUCAUCAUGCGCGCCUACCUCAGCGGCACGCCCGAGUGCAAGUUCGGUCUCAACGACCGCCUCCUACUCGACCAGGACGGACUCAUGAGCCUGCCCAGCGGCAACAGGAUGGGGAGCAAGGCGACCAAGGCCGCGGCCGGCAGCGUCACGCUCGAAGAUUGCCAAUUCCACCAGUGCGUCAAGCUGGGCAAGUUUGACAGUGACCGCAUCAUCAGCUUCAUUCCGCCCGACGGCGAGUUCGAGCUGAUGAGGUACCGCGCAACCGAGAACGUCAACCUGCCGUUCAAGGUGCACGCCAUUGUCAACGAGGUGGGCAAGACAAAGGUGGAAUACAGCAUCGGUGUGCGCGCCAACUUUGGAUCCAAGUUAUUUGCGACCAACGUGGUCGUCAAGAUUCCCACGCCGCUCAACACGGCCAGGAUCACGGAGCGCUGUACCCAGGGCAAGGCCAAGUACGAGCCGUCCGAGAACGUGAUUGUGUGGAAGAUUGGUCGCUUUGCUGGACAGAGCGAGUUUGUGCUGAGCGCCGAGGCCGAGCUUACGAGCAUGACAAACCAGAAGGCUUGGAGCAGGCCGCCACUCAGUAUGAACUUUAGCUUGCUGAUGUUUACCAGCUCUGGCUUGCUGGUUCGCUAUCUUAAGGUGUUCGAAAAGAGCAACUACUCGAGUGUGAAGUGGGUGAGGUAUAUGACAAGGGCAGGAAGCUACGAGAUUAGGUUCUAAAUUAUUGUAUAAUACGUAAUGGCGUGCGCCACCGACUACACACCCUAUCCGGUUAAUGCACGGGCCAUCCUACCACCUACGGCAUAUAAUAGCACGGCGUCUGGGCGUUACUAGUUACACGAAGGGAAGCAUCAGGCGAUUGAUACCAGAGUAAUAAAAUCAACUUAUACAAGGAGAUGUCCCAAAGGGGGAACAAGGGUCACAACAACGUUACGACGAGCACAAAACGACGAAAAGCUCUUCGCCAGUGUAUGGGACAGGCACGAUAAUACGUGGCACGCGUGGCAGUGAGCUAUAGGACAUGGGGCCGUGCGAUAUGGAGAGCUAAACUUCAAGCGAUAGGAUAUGUCGCCAAUCAGCUUUGUAUGAAACUACCAGACCAUGGGUGCUGGUGAAGGGAAUGGUCUGGAACAGCACCAGGGGAAUGGCUUGUCCGAUGAUAGAAAGAGACACGGGAAAAAUGUUUUGAACUCAUCUCCUGUUGUCCUGUUAAUACGAUCGAGCAUGGCUGAAACGGGAAUGUGCUUACAUAGUAACAGGUCCCUCGAGAGGCCUGAUACCGGUGGCCUUGGACUGGAGUUGGCCGCCUACUUAGCACCCAGGACCUUGCGAACCAACGAACUUGAACUCCGGAUUUUUCUGCGCUUUUUGGUCCAUCGAGCCGUGGCUCAUUCUUCGCAACUCUAGAGGCACCUAGGACCAAAUCUAUUCGCUUGGUUUUGCCUCUCUAGGCAACGGUUUAGAAAAUAGUGAUUCAGUCUUACGGACACGAUACAGCCCUGCCAGCUUGUCAGUGUCAGUUAGUGUUCACCAUCACCGUUUCUGACUCGAUAAUUGCCGUCGUUCCAGCUUCCACCGUGUG